GUUAACUGCAAAUGAACAAGUGAAAAGUUACUGAUUUCAAAUACACAUUAACGUUAGUUUCAUUAAUUAACUAUUACUCAUAAUGCAUAUUAUACGAAUUAACAAGAGGAAUGUAAUUUUUGUUCUUUUGGCGAUUCUGUCGACUACCGUUAAACAAGCUUCCAUGGGUAAUGAUGGUGUGAUUAAUACUAUAAUGAAAGAGGUGAAUGUAAAUUCUACACCAGCAUACAGUAGUAAAAAGGACGAGACAUCUAAAUUAUGUCCAAGUGGUACUGCAUGUUCAGACCUAAGUGGAGAAUGUUUAAACUGUAAUUUAAAUCCACAUUGUGUAUAUGGGGCGGUAUAUGUUGCCAACUGUACAGUUUUAGAACACAUUGAUUGUGUUGGUGAUCAAAGCUUUCAAAAAAAGUACGUAUGCCGUUAUUGUUAUCAAACAGAACAUUGGGAGCAUGAAUGUCAACAGAAGAAUUCUUGUAGUUCUGUAGCAUCCCCUCGACAGUAUUAUAGAACAAAUUGUACAGUGAAUAGUGACAUUUUAUGUUUGGGAAGACGUAGAUUCAUGAAGAAUUUACUGUGCAAUUGGACUGUAGGAUAUCGCUGGUCUACUGCCCUAAUUUUAAGCAUUACUUUAGGAGGUUUUGGAGCUGAUAGAUUCUAUUUGGGUCACUGGCAAGAGGGAAUUGGUAAAUUGUUCAGUUUUGGAGGACUUGGUGUAUGGACACUGAUUGAUGUUAUACUUAUUUCCGUGAGAUAUUUAGGUCCAGCAGAUGGGUCAUUAUACCUUUAA